AGCUGGCCAGAGACGUCGCAGAGGGUACUGUUUGUUCUCUACAAGGUUUUAUUGACAACUAUAAAUAUGAUUUCUUUGUGUUCAUUCAAUAUGCUGUUUUCUACUAGAACCAAGGCCCGCAAGAUGGUUGGCAGCGCUGGCCCUGCCACAGGGGUAUUGGAGACACCAAGGGAUCUCCUCAUGGGGGUCUACACGCCAUGUGGGGGAGGUGCCACCGAAGACAUGGCAGAGGAAAGUUGUGAAGCCAACCUGGACGACAACUCCCUCGAUCGUAGCCUGCAGCCAACGGGCACCUGCCAGGUGUUGCUGACGCUGGAGGGGGAUGGCCAGCUGCCCAGCCCAUCUCAGCUGGACCCGACUCCUCCGGUGUCACCACCCCAGGUGGCCCCAGUGGCAGCACCGAUGCAGGCUACGGUCUUGCCCGCAGUGCCUCCACACCCGCCUUCAAGGAAGCCAGGCCGCAAGAUUACCGCCUCGGAGCGUCGUGCCCGGGAGGAUGCAGCGCUGGGCAAGGUUCUUAGUGAAUCUACGAGGCAAAUGGCCAACACAUGUAAAAGGCCACACAUUGAUGCCUUAACCCCAGAAAUGGCACUGGGGUUUCAUUUUGCCAACGAGCUGGCGGCCCUUCCACCACAUCUGAGGUGCCUUUGCAAGGAGAAAGUACUGAAGGUGUUCCACGAAUUUGAAAAAAGAAAUCUAGUAGAAAAAGGCCUUAUGUCUUUAGAUUAGAGUAGAAAAUGAUAUUUUUGACAAGGUUUGCCUAUACAGUC